AUGUCUUCGUUAGAAAGGGACUUUUCAUCCGGAUCCGAAGAUGCGGAUGAGCUCGUCGCUGACUUGCUCCAACAAUUCUCUUCAGUUGAAGAUCCAGCUAUUGGAUCCGUCAUCCGACAUGCUAAAUUACCGCCGAGGAAAUCCGUAACACGAACCGUCACUUCGGCCUCAUUUCCACCGUCAGUAUCGCCAGGUUCUGAGAUACCAUACGUACGAGCAUCCUCUACGUCCAAGAGGCCUCAGAUCAGUGCCGUCGAAGUCCCUCCAUUACCAGAAAACGCGGAGGAUUACGAGUUCUUACCCGGUCAUUCUACAGCUUGGCGGAUUUGGAGACAAAAGCGCGUCCGUGGUAAGGUGCUUUACGAGGUGGAGCUUGCAACCACGGAGAAGGAAUGGUUGAAAGAAUCUUUCGUGAAGGCAUUAGAGAACGGUUCUGAGGCUAUCACGAAUUUCAAACAGAACGGCCCACCGAAAGCGAAAAGAGUUAAGAGUGCUAUUACAGGCGGCUAUAGAUCAGGAAGUUACACAGAAUCUGGGACAGAAAAAUCGCAGUUGUCUGAACAUGAGGAUGAGGAGGAAGAAGAAGAAGAUGAUGAUGAUGAUGACGAAAUCGUGGUAGUAAGCUCAACAAAGCGCCGUAGAGGCCGCCCGUCAGGUUCCCGACGUCGCAAAAUUCGCGGCAGAUAUGAUGAUGAAACAGACAGUGAAGACUCGGACAGCCGGCCAGUACGGCGAUCGCUUAGAGCUCCCAAACCUCGACGCUACUUAAAAGGCGACGAUCAGGUAGACAAGCUGCACAGCGUACAACAAGACGCAUACGGGAACAUCAAUACGAAGACAGCGAUUCGCAAUCACGCAGACGCGGGGUGCGAUCAUCGGCCAGGACCGCUCAAUCUCACAGAAGAAACCUCCGAGAGAGACAAGAAGAUGACAUCUCUGAAGUGGAGGCUUCACAGUCAGAGAAGAGAUUCGCAGGAGCCAAGGAGAAAUUUCAUCGGCUUUCUAGUGACGAUCCCUUCAGAAAACGACAUCGGCAAAUAUGUGAUAGCUGCGAUACCCAGGGCGAUGAUCGCGAAAAAGGCUCUCUUUCAAAGAGAGCAUUUGGUUACAAAAGUCGGCUGGGAUCAUUUUGUACUGCAGUGCCGUCGCUGUAUAGGAACCUCUCAGAAGAAGGAUGUAACCGCUCCACAUCUAGGCCAUUGCACGGCUUGCAAUGAAGAAAACCCAGCGUGCCGACCGUUCCGACAGCGACUCAACCCAAAGCAAGAACAGCAACAACGUGAAAAUAACGGUGGAGAAGACCCAAUCACAACAGUGAACGAUGAUCUGAUAAACAAUGUUGAUAACCUUUUGUUCCGGUGCGUCAACUGUCAGAGAGCAUUCCAUAUCAAGGAACUACCUCCAAGAACCGACCCGAAUCCGGACGAAACAGACACGGACAAUCCAGACCCAGAUGCCGACCUUGCAACUUUACGGCUCAAGGAAUACUCCAGGAGGUGGCAGUGCCAUACCUGCAUUUCAGCUCCUGGAGAGAUUGAAGGCCUUGUUGGCUGGCGACCGGUCGAUGCCGAGGCAUACAUUCCUGGGUAUACGGCCAACGACAUGAAAGAAACCGAAAAAGAAUAUUUAGUCAAAUGGAAGAAAAAGUCUUAUUAUCGCACUACAUGGAUGGAAGGUUCCUGGAUUUGGGGAGUCGCUUCACACCUUAUGCGAAAAGCGUUCCUUAAGUCGCCCAAAUGUGUCAAACCUCAAAUGACGACCGAGGAUGCUAUUCCAGAAGAUUAUUUGAGAGUUGAUAUAGUAUUCGACGUCAAGUACACGAACAUUGUUAGCGCACAUUCAAAGGAAAUCGACAUGGCAAGAGUGAAGGAUGUCAAGGAAGCAUACGUCAAAUACAAAGGUCUGCUUUACGAAGAUGCCGUUUGGGAGACUGUGCCUUCUUCGACCGAAAUGGAGCGUUGGAACGACUUCAAAGCUGCCUAUGACGACUGGGUCUUGAAAGACUAUGUCAGGGUGCCCAAGGCUUCUUCAUUAAAACAACACCUCGAAACUGUUCGAAAACAGGAUUUCCAGACGCUGGCGAAGAAAACUCAGCCUACUUGUUUGACUGGAGGCAAAAUAAUGGACUACCAAUUGGAUGGUCUCAACUGGCUAUAUUACAAAUGGUACCAAGGACAAAAUGCUAUUCUUGCCGACGAAAUGGGACUUGGCAAAACAAUUCAAAUUAUUUCUUUUCUCUCCACACUGGUUGAAGAUCAUAAGUGCUGGCCUUUCUUGAUUGUCGUGCCGAACUCGACUUGUCCUAAUUGGCGUCGAGAGGUCAAGAAGUGGGCACCUUCGCUUCGCGUCGUCACAUACUACGGCAGUGCUGUAGCGCGGAAGCUUGCACACGAAUACGAAAUGUUUCCCAAGAAUGCUCGAGACCUCAGGGCUCACGUACUAGUGACAUCUUAUGAAACCAUGAUUGAUGACAAAGCUCGGAGGGUUUUAGCAGGCAUCCCCUGGGCUGGCUUGGUGGUGGACGAAGGUCAACGAUUAAAGAAUGACAGAAACCUUCUGUAUUCGUCUCUGUCUAGUAUCAACAUCCCAUUUAAGGUACUUCUCACUGGUACGCCGUUGCAGAACAACAUCCGUGAACUGUUCAAUCUCAUUCAAUUCUGCGAUCCGACCCAGAAUGCUCAAGAUCUAGAGGCAGAAUAUGAAACCUUGACCAAAGAGAACGUGCCCGAAUUGCAUGCAAUGAUUCGACCCUUUUUCUUGCGACGUACAAAGGCACAGGUUCUUACAUUCCUUCCGCCAAUGGCACAAAUCAUCAUCCCGAUUACAAUGUCUGUUGUACAGAAGAAGCUUUACAAAUCUAUCUUGGCAAAGAAUAGCAAAUUGAUCAAGUCAAUCUUCCAAAGCAACCAAGAUGCACAGAACAAACAGAAUGAACGUCACAGCUUGAGCAACAUCUUGAUGCAGCUACGCAAAUGUCUGUGCCAUCCGUUUGUAUACAGCCGACAGAUCGAAGAGCGUACCUCGAAUGCCACCUUGUCGCAUAGAAAUCUUGUAGAAGCUUCAGGGAAACUUCAGUUACUUGAGCUGUUAUUGCCAAGACUCAAAGAACGAGGACACCGAGUACUUCUCUUCAGUCAAUUUUUAGACAACCUAGAUAUCAUUGAAGAUUUUCUUGACGGUCUUGGUCUGCUCUAUUGCCGUCUCGAUGGUUCCAUGGGUGCUCACGAGAAACAGAAGAAGAUUGAUGCGUAUAAUGAAUCUGAUUCCAAGAUUUUCGCUUUCCUUUUGUCGACGAGAUCUGGUGGUGUGGGUAUCAAUCUUGCAACAGCAGAUACUGUCAUUAUCAUGGAUCCUGAUUUCAACCCGCAUCAGGAUAUUCAAGCGUUAUCCCGCGCUCACCGUAUCGGCCAGAAAAAGAAAGUUCUCGUCUUUCAACUCAUGACUCGCGAAAGUGCAGAAGAGAAGAUCAUGCAAAUUGGAAAGAAGAAAAUGGCUCUCGACCAUGUUCUCAUAGAAAAAAUGGACGCAGACGAAGACGAAGGAUUGGACUUGGAAUCGAUCUUGAAACAUGGUGCAGAGGCGCUUUUUGAAGAUGAUACCACUAGGGACGUGCAUUAUGACGCGGAGUCCGUUGAGAAAUUGCUUGACCGUAGUCAAGCUGAAAAUACUCAAGCUGGCGAUGAUGCAUCCGCCGAGUCUCAAUUUAGCUUUGCCCGAGUGUGGGCCAAUGAUAAUGCUGCACUCGAAGAUCGACUAGGUGAUUCCGAGGCAGCCACUCCAGUGAACACCACUUUGUGGGAGAAGAUACUUGCCGAAAGGCAAAAGGCAGCAGACGAGGAAGCUUUGGCAAAUGCACAAGCACUGGGAAGAGGGAAACGGAAGAGAGCCGUCGUGAACUACUCUGCCAAAGAUAAGGAAGAUGAGCAACUAUCGCCUGGAGGUACCAAACGAACCAAAUUGCAGGUUGAGAGCGACGGUGAGUUCCACGCUAGGGAAGCUUCUUCUGAGAGCGAAGACGAGGAGGCCUUGCUCGAACUCGAGCAAACCAGGAAGGUCAAAGCUCGCCCAUUUAGACGUGUCGAUCCUAACAAGCUCACGCCGGACCCUUCAAAUGGCAAUACAGGUCUUCCUAAAAGACCUGUGGAUCGGUUGCUUCCUUGCCUUGCCUGCAACCAGAUGCAUCCUGUCGGUUAUUGUCCUCUAAAGCUUGCUGGUGUGGAACAUUGCGGUCUGUGCGGUAUAGCUCACCUUGGCUAUUCGCGAGUCUGUCCUCAUCUUAACAUGGAAGAGCAGAUUUUAUCCAUGCUACAGUCUCUAAGGCAGAGCACUGAGCCGAAAUGGCUUGUAGAUGCUGCUAGACACUAUCUUUACACUGUCAAAGGAGAUCUCGUCAAAAGAAAGAAAGCAAAGGCCGACCCAAAUCGGCCGACCUCCGCCACGCGACCUAUGCCUGUUCAGCCUAACACCAGCAAUCCCAUCUCCCAGAAUGGAAGAGCAUUUGGUGCUCCCGCUUCCAAUAUCGUGUAUCCUGCACCUUCAGCCAGCAAUUCUUAUUCGAGUCCUUAUCCCCCGACCUCCUCUACUCUCUAG